CGCGGUAACAGCGGGCCGGGAUGCUUUCCGCUCUAUAGCCAAUCGCCGCCGACUCGUUCUUAUUCCGACGUGGUGAUCGACGACGGUGGUGCGUUUGCUUUCGCGUUGCAUCGCGUCGCGCCGCGAAGGCCAGCGACUUUCCGCUUGUUUGUGCGCGCUUUAUUUUCCCUCCGGCAUUCGUAAUCGCAGUGAAUAUCGUCAGUGAGGGUCCUCGUAAAACGUGUCUUUCGACUGCCUGUUUCGAUCAUCCAUGACGAGGUAGCUUGGUAUAGUCGACUUGAGCUCGCGAUGGACGUAAGGAUGCAGGAACCGGCAUUCCCGCGCCGAAAAGGGAUCCUCGCCCCUGUGUCGGUGUUGGUGUUGCUGAUACUACCACUGGUCGAUUUACCCUCUGCAAAUGGAGCUUGCGAGUUUCCAUCGAGCUGGACGGGAGAUUGGUACCAGCAUGGAUAUGGGAAACAGAACGAUGUAUUCAAUAUAAACACGACCCUUUUUGGAGAUAAGGCGUGCGUCGAUAGAAUGGACGACAAAUACGUCGUGUACGACGGGAACUGUUAUUUCUGUAUGAUCAUCAACAGACGGCAUGAGAAUGUUAUUCAGUAUCGCGAAGGCUUGUGCAACCCCGAACGAUUAAAUUUGGAUGGCAUAUGCGGGUUGAUUAAUUCGGACGAAAUGCUCUACUCGGUAUUUCGCGUGAAUUCAACGUCGAUACCUUGCCCCUUCAAUGGGGCGUCAUUCACAUUUACGUAUAAUCGAGGUUCCGGCGAGUGCACCACACCUAUAAGUCUCGCGGAAAAGUGCACCGACGAAAGCAAGCUUCUUCUCAAGUACCAGGCCUGCCCGGAUGUCAUGGGCACCGAAAGUAAUGCCGAAGAAUUACAAUGUCUUGCCGUUUGGAACGAUGGUCGAAACAAGUAUCUGGUGGGUACUUUGAAAGAGAGGAGCGCUUUGGCCAACGAGAAGCCUUACAGGUGUUUUUUAUACGAAGAAAAACCUCAUCAUCAAGGAAAGAUGAUUUAUCUGCUUGCUCAGUCCGGCGAUCCGACCUGCAACGGCCUAACCACAGUUUCCGAAGGUUCGCGCACCAUAAAACUCAUGAAAGCCGACAAAGAUCAUAGCAGUAGAUGCAAAUAUCCGGGAUGGGUAACUCAGCAUCACGAUUGGCAUUCUCUCGAUGGCACAAAAGAUUAUCACUUUACGAACAAAAACGCCACGCUGAAAAUUAAGGCGCAGGAUACCGACGGCGAGGUGUUUCACGAGGAGAAAAUCGUUUGCCACAAUUUGGAGAAAAUGUAUCCGAACGACAAUAUGCAAGGAAACAAAGUGAAACUGGUUGCUCACGUCACCAGCGGCUGCGACAUCGGUUACAUUUGCAUGAUAUUCCACAGAAGAGACAGUCACAUAAUCGAAAUACAGCAAUCAGAUCAUAAAGCGAUUAUGCCAGACGAAGCAUGCUCCAUGUCGGAUCCUUCCAUGAUGCCGUAUACGACCUUAAUAACCGCGUCCUUACAUCAGAGAAGAUGUCCUAAUCCGGGACGAUACAGAAUCAUGGAUUUCGCUCCGUCGGAUAUGCUGUCGACCAUCAUGGCCGGGCGACAACGGCGUAGCGAACUGAGGAAAGCCAAGAGGCGAACGUGGCAGGAAACCGGGGAUGAGGAGUGCAGGAGUACAGAUAUUCAAGUGGGCUGCACCUCGUCCGAUCAGACCGAAAUGAUAAUCUCCAAUACGUGUGAACAUAAAGAGAUUGCCUAUUUUUGUCACGGCAGCUGGGAGGAGAAAGGCACGUGGUACACGAUAGCAUCGCAACGAAAUUCCGAAUUCCCAGUCGGCCUAGGGCAAACAUUUUGUUUUUCCAUGCGCCUCGAGAGCGCUAGAGGCAGAGUUUCGGGAAGAGGCGGUAGACAAAAGCAGCAUGAGCAAGAAUUAUGGCUGUCAAAACCGUCGCGUACUUGUCGAAUAGAAACUAAGGAUGAAUGGACGUACAGAUUGUCGAAUCAAGGAAUGUGCGAGGAUUUAACGAAGGCAGCUUCGAGCGCAGCGUCUGCCUCAUCGAUGUCCCAACUUCUGUUUACCUUAAGCAAAGUAGCUUACAUCGCUAUUAAUACGCUAUGGGUAUUAUUCUCGAGAUGAUCUGCAGCUAUUACGUAAGAAGUCGAGGUACUGUAAUUUCCAGCACGGAUUCUCAGGUAUUGCGUGUUACUGGAAAUGUAUAUAUAGUUCACACAAGUUUGAUAGCUAUUGAUCGAUCAACGAGCUGUCAAUAUAAGAAUGACGUGGGAAGCGUGCAGCUAGCAGUCAUUAUUGACAAUAUUAAUUUCCGUUCCGUUCAAAGCAGCAGCCUAAUUACGCAAAUCGGUGAUUAUGAUUGUUCCCAAUUGGAAACGAGACAAUUUGUACACAUUUACGAGUGUACAAUUAUUUUUUACAAUAUUACUUGUUGUAAUUUAUCGCGAAUUCGUAUUUUAAACGAAUCACACACUGAAUUUUAGAUUACUAGUUUUCAAUAUAACAUUUACAAUACAUUUAUUAUCUUAGCUAACAAUUUUUAUUACUGCCCAAAUUGUUGACUGAUUAAAACAGCUUGCGACAGUUUUGUUGCACGCACAAUUUUCUGAUCGCUCGUAUGCUUUCCAUUCAGUUUUGCGCGAAAAAGAGAAAAGAGAAACUGAUAAUAUAUAUAUAUACAUAUAUAUAUAUAUAUAUUCAGGACUGGGCAGAAAUACCGUAAAUAUGCAUUUCAGAUAUAGGAGUAUUCGGUGUGACGAAACCAAAUUUUCAAUAUAAAAUAUAUUGAUAAAAAUGUGAUUGAAAGAAAAUAUAAAAUGCGAGAUAUUCUUUGAAGAUUUGCUUCGAAAAUAUAAAAUGUAGAAUAGUAUUUAAACAUCUAUGCCAUAUACGUGCAUUUGGAAAUACUACCUAGUCCUGAUGACACUUUUGAGAUUACGCGAAUGUGUUUUUUACGCGACAGCCUCGAAUCACGACCACUUCUGAGUAUCUAAAACUCGAAGACUCACAUGUAUAUUCUUAAGUCUACCGCGCUACUGUAAAUACGACCAGGGUAUAAGUAAUCGAGAUUUCAAUUGGGUUAUUUUCGAGUAAAGAUUGGGAUACACACUGUGUAAUUACAAUUCAACAGAUUGAACUCGUACUUGGAUCUAAUAUAAUAGCAAAGUACAUAGAUUUUAUCUUUUAGCUAGUAUAUACAACUGUACAUAUAUAAUAUAAUUAAAAUAUUGUAUAAAGACUGUUUCUAAAAGAGUAUGACAAGUAUACCGCUCACGAUAUUGCAUUUCGUCGCUGGAGGUGCGUGCAUUUUCCAGGAUAUUUUCGAGAUCGCUCUCGCAAUCAAAGAUCCGCGCAAAUACAACACUCGUGCUAUCGUUCCUGAGUUCGCGAAUCGAAACAAAUCAAUGGCAGAAAAAGUUCAACGAAUUCACAAAAAUAUUAUUAAAUGUUUAACAAGUUUUAUAUGAGUAUAAAAUUUACUAGAAACGAAUCUAUAUAAACCACAAAUAUCCAAUUCUGUCGAGACAAGUAUUGUUGUUAAAUACUUUUUGAUUUUUUCAAAUUCGUAGAAUAAGGAAGAGAUACAUUUUUCCUUUAGUUUUUAAAAAUUAUUAAUUUCUGUUUUUGCAACGAAUGCUCUUCGUUUUACUGUUCAAUUCGUAGUGCGAUCUUUUAAGUUAACGAACUUAUGAACAAAUCGUCAGUAUAUCAAAGUUUUUCGAUGGACUUGGCAUACACAAGCGGCCGAGUGUAGUACAACUGCGGACGCGUUAAGACACGUCUUUGUCGCGUGUGAAUGUAGUGCUUUUGCAUUUCUGGCACAGAAUUAAUGGAUGUCGAAGCAGAUCGAUUACACAUCUCAAUAUCUCCUAUUUGUCAUCGAUGAUACGUAGAACACGACAUGUGUAUCGAAUUCGGACGUGCGUGUGCUUCGGUUUUCAUCGCGCUCGGAUAUUAGAAUGUUUAGUGCUAUGCACGCUCGUACAAUAUAAUGAGGUAUUUCUUCCGAACAGGAAACAUAUUCCUUCGGCAGUCGUGCAUUUGCUCGCGCGAAAAGUGUACGCUAUAUACCGGUUCUUGUAUAUUUUUAAACUUGCAUUUCCUUUUUUUAAUUAAAAUAAUUAAAUUAAUUAUUCUUUUCUUCGUAAAUUAAAAUGCAACUAUCGCUGAAACGAUAUCGAUAAUCUGGCACAUUAUACCGCGUGAAUCGAACAACAUUUAGUGGUGGAGUUUUUAAAUAUCUUUAUCGUAUUUCUAUAUAAACACUGUAACGAUACAAAUCCGAUACGCCAACUUGGUGCCACGCGUAAACUUUAUCGUGUGAUUACUUAAAUUUUCUGUAGGUGCGGUCCAUUUGAUAAUUUUCGGAACGUUCCACCGGCAACGUGUGACGUAGAUUUCGCUUGCCACAACUGCUUCAACUGGAGAAAUGACAGGGUCAGAGCGUUGAGAUACAAGUCUUAGUUUGUUUGACAAUGUUGGAAGUGUUAAUGGACUUUGGUCAACUCAGUGGAAGCGUAGGUAGCAAGUGCUGUCUACUGAAUUGGAUCGCACCUGAGCCGCGUACGUUCACGAAAUUUGUAGUGAUUUGAGUAGCAAGCAGAGAUAAUGGCAUAGCAAGUAGAGAUAGUGGAUCUACGCGAUAUUACGAACGGGAGGGAGGGAAGUGGGGAAUAUAUACGGCUCAUCACGCAAAGCUCAAUAGUUUUAUAUUUUUAUCAAGUGACACACACACACACACACACACACACACACACCCUCCCCGCGAAGCGUGUACAUAUACAAAGUUCUAUUGAUUAUCGCGCGUAUAGUUGUACACAGGCACGCAAUGUGCUCGCGAGGGAAGCGCGAGUAAAAAAAUGAUAGAAAAACAGCAUGUACAAGAAUGCAUACACACGCGUCCAUACAGGUUUUUUUUUUUACUUCAGCCGGCUCUACAUCCAUUAACUCUGUGAUAUCCAUCACGUCUAGGCGUAAAUGUGACAGCCAAAAAAGAAAAAAAAAGAAAAACGAAUAAAGCUGAACUCUAAAAACAUUUUUAUUGUAUAUAUUAUAUAUUUUCUAAAUAAUGGACUGUUCCGGAAUUCAGGAGAUUUGUUGAUAAGCGAAAGUGUAUGGAUUCGAAUUAUUAAAUAUCUGAGCAAUUUAAAUAACGAAAGACAGAUUCUUAUUUUUGUACAGAUAGGGAUGACCUAUCGCGACGUCCUACUCCGCACACACGAAACUUCACACGCUAAGCGAAAACGUAGUCGUAUAUGAAUAUAUUUUAUGUAAGCUUUUUGUAAUUACUGCGUUACCGUUAGCAUCAUCCCUCGAAAGGUGUUAAGCAGCUCUCGAUCGUAGAUGCCUUGAUCAUCGCCGUCAUGAAUUAAUUUCAUUGUCAGUAAUUACGUUAUCAAGCGUAUCGAAUAUUUUAUUAUAUAACUAUUGUUUCAUACGCUAUUUCGAGAGAGACGCGAUUUAAUAAUAGUGACAUAAUGCAGGCCUUGUUACUUUACGCGCGUUUGAAAUGCGAUGCAGAAACGACAACCGAUGCCUUAAAUAUACAAGUUCUAAUGCCUUAUGCGAAAUCACAAAAAAGUGUAAACGAUCGGUUACUUUCCAACAGUACGCCUCCGUAUGCAAUUUUAUUUGACGACAUUCGACAGAAUUGACACACCGUGCGUGCAUAUAUUUAGCGAGUUUAAAUUGUCACCCUUACGUGCAGCGUGAGCAUGUGAUCCCCUGUACAGUCGGAUGCGGCUGUAUUGAAUUCCGGAAACAGAUAUUACACGAUAUAACUUUAAGACUUCUAAAGUAAGCUCUAAUUUGUAAGGCGUGGCAACGAGAGUAAUUGAAAGUCGCGCGCGAGAAACGCUGUUGCGAAAAUGAGGGGGAACGCGAGAAAGUAAAGAAAAAAAAAAAAGCAAAAGCGGCGGAGAUGGGAAAGAGGGCGCGAAAGAGUGAGAGACAGUGAAAGAGACGGAGGGAGGAAGAGAUGAGAUGAGAUAGAGAGAGAGAGAGAGAGAGACAACAGCCCACAAGUUUUGUACAUCCACAUGCGCACACGUAUAUUUUGUUUAUUGCUGUGAUGAAUUAUGUAAUUAUAAAUAUUAGCGUGUAAGGCGGUUUGAAUGCGGCUUUUCUUGCCAUUUUAAUAUAAUUGCAAGCAUUAGUCACACUCCCGUUCGGAUGUAAGCCUCUUUGAAAAAAAAACCAUAUGAAACGGCGACCUAUUUAUCCUCGAUGUAUUUAAUUGUACGAUACUUACACGACGACAUCCUUGUAAAGCGCCUUGGAUAAACGACUCGUCCAAAAGGCGACUCGCCGCAACGACAAUUUCGUACAGAAGAAAAAAAAAAAA